UCUGGGAAUUUUAGGUUUAAUUUUUAAAGGAAUGAGCAUAGAGCAAGAAAUAAUUGAAAUAUCCAGCGGAAGUCCAGAUGAAAAUAGCGGACAUAGAGAUUCCAAUGCUGAUAAAAGUGUAACUUCUUCAUCCUCUCAAGAAUCUUCUGAACAAGAACUUUCCUCUGUCAGCAAUCACUCCGACCCCCCUGAAGACCAAGAAGAAAAGACUGAAGAAGAAGCUGAGAGUGAGCAAGAAGCAUCUGAACAAGAAGAAACUGCACAGGAAGGAGAUACUGAACUGGAAGAAGACACUGAACAGGACCAAGAAGAAGACAUGCAAGUUGAUAAAGAAGAAGAGGAAGGCAAUCAAAAGGAGCAACCAGAGACUGAUGCUAAUGGAAAAGAGAGUGGCAAUAGACAAGGCAGUCAAGGACAGCAAGAGAAUAAAGAUCAAGAUAAUCAAAAUCAAGAUAAUCAAAAUCAAGAGAAUCAAGAUCAAGAGAAUCAAGAUCAAGAGAGCCAAGACCAAGAGAGCCAAGACAAAGAAAUUGAGGAAGAUGAGGGAGAGGAUAAGCAGCAAAAAGAGAGUAGUGAAGGUAGUGACAAAGAGGAUAGUAAGGAGCAGAGUAGCGAGGAAGAGAAGGUUUCAGAAGAAAUUAAGAAGAGUCCUCAAAAGAAAGCAUUAAAACAGCUGACCUUAAGCAAAUAUAAUUUGCGCAAAAGAAGCCAAACUAAAAGAGUAGACCCAUAUGAUGAAUACAUCCCAAAGCAAAGAGCUUCAUCAAAACGUCGAAAAAAUUCCAAAAUCUCUUCUAAAGCAAAGAAAAAGUCCAAAACCCCCUCUUCCAAAGCUGCCAACUCCAAACCCAAUCCAACUUCUAGACCCUCCUCCACUUCUCACUCCCGCAAAAGAGGCCGCCCUCGCAAGAAACCCUCCACUCAAAAGCCUAAACCCACCCAUAAGCCUCGUUCCAAGAAAUCACUAAAGCCUCAAAAUCGCCCUACUGCCCACUCUCGUUCAGAUCCUUCCCAAAUUCCCAGUAAUAGAGGAACGGAUUCUUUGUGUGCCUCUUCUUCGGAAGGGAAAGCUAGUCCUUCGCCUAUCCCCAAAAAAAAUUCAAAGACAGGGAAGACUCCUGAAAAACUUUCUAAAAUUGAGAUCCUUGAGAGACAAGUCAAAGAACAGAGUAAGAAAUACAUGUAUAUGCUCAGACAAGAGAUGGAUGACCAAGAGUGGGAGUUAAUCUGCAAACUUGAGAAAGCAGCGAUCAGUAGGAUCAAAGAACCCAAAAGUAGCCAGGAUGCUGACAUGGACCUUCUGGUUGUAGAAAACGAGAUUGGUUCAAAUCCGGAUAUAGAUAGAAAUAAAUUAAACAAUAAUUCUGACCAAGAGAUGAGUGAAGAAAUAGCUGAUACGUCUGAUAAGGUUAGUCAGGUAAAGAAGUGCACUAAGUUCCCUGAAAAAAGAGAUCUUUCCUUUUUAAAGGCAUUAAAUAUCACUCAGAAAGAGUUCCAAGAAGACUGCAAUAGGAUUACAUACGCUCCAGUGAUUAUAAGAAAAUAAUGAAGAUGAUAAGCUCAGUAGCGCAUAUUGAUCAAUCUGUCUUGAUGACGGAACAUACGAAGGAGAUGAAAUGGUAGCCUGUUCUACAUGCCUCGUAACUGUCCAUCAGACUUGAUACAAGAGAGGACUUCUAGCUAAAGUUCCUGAACAAGAUUGGUACUGAGAAAGAUGUAGACACUGAAUCUCGACUUCGACCCUUCCAGAAGAAGUCACUUGUAUCCUUUGUCCAAAAAUUAAAGGUGUACUGAUAAAAUAUAAUCAAAUGAAUGAUAUGUGGGCUCACCUAACUUGUAUCGAGUGGACACCAGAACUCUCAUGGAAAGAUGAAAACUACUACAAAGUUGAAGGUAAAAUUAAUAGGAAAAGAUUCGAGCUAAAAUGCUACAUUUGCAAAUCAGACUAUGGAGCAUGAAUUCAGUGUGAUUUUACAGGCUGCUUCAAAUCAUUCCACGUGAGUUGUGCAGAAGAAGCAGGCUUAAUAAAGUCUGAUAUGGAAGGUUACACAGUAGAUGAUAGAUAUCUUAUCUUUUGCAGUUCCCAUGCUACUCAUGGUUUGAAAGAAAUUAAGCACUAUGGAAAAAUAUUGACUGUCAUUAAGCGUAAGGAUUACAAAAAGAGAGGUCACUAUUUGCUAACAGAAGAGCAGAUUAAGGAGAAGAAGAUCCUAGGAAAGAAGAGAAGAAAGCAUUACGAUGUAGAAGUAAUAAAAGCUAAAGAUGUUGAGUAAGGCUUAAUU